AUGGUAUUUGCCCGUGUUGCUUCGCGCUCUCUGCGCCCUUCCACCUUGUCCUCGUUUGCUUCUGUUUCCCCACAGUGUGCUCGUCGCGCCGCACAGCCAGCCAUUCAUUCAACAAUUGCAAAACGUACACUGACAGCUUCUGCUUCUCGUCAGGGCAAAGUUCUUCUCGUUCUAUACGAUGGCUUUGAGCAUGCCAAAGAUCAACCUCGCCUUCUCGGUACCACAGAGAACGAACUAGGCAUUCGAAAAUGGCUCGAAGACCAAGGACACACUCUCGUUACCACUUCAGACAAGGAGGGCGAGAACUCCGAGUUUGACAAGCACUUGGUCGACGCUGAGGUCAUCAUUACCACUCCUUUCCACCCUGGUUACCUGACCGCAGAGCGUCUCGCCAAGGCCAAGAACCUCAAGAUCGCCGUCACUGCUGGUAUUGGUUCCGAUCACGUCGAUCUCAAUGCUGCCAACAAGACCAACGGUGGUAUCACCGUCGCCGAAGUCACUGGCUCCAACGUCGUCUCGGUUGCCGAGCACGUCAUCAUGACCAUUCUUACUCUUGUCCGCAACUUCGUUCCUGCCCAUGAGCAGAUCGAGCGAGGUGAGUGGAACGUCGCCGCUGUGGCCAAGAACGAGUUCGAUCUUGAGAACAAGGUCGUCGGUACCGUUGCUGUCGGUCGUAUUGGAGAGCGUGUUCUCCGACGUCUCAAGCCCUUCGACUGCAAGGAACUCCUGUACUUCGAUUACCAGCCCCUUAAGCCCGAGGUGGAGAAGGAGAUUGGCUGCCGAAGAGUCGAGGACUUUGAUGAGUUCUUGGGACAGUGUGAUGUUGUCACCAUUAACUGCCCACUCCACGAGAAGACCCGAGGUCUCUUCAACAAGGAAGUCCUCAGCAAGAUGAAGAAGGGUGCUUGGCUCGUCAACACCGCCCGUGGCGCCAUCGUCGUCAAGGAGGAUGUUGCUGAAGCUCUCAAGAGCGGUCAACUCAACGGCUACGGCGGUGACGUCUGGUUCCCUCAACCCGCACCCAAGGACCACCCACUCCGAACUGCCAAGAACCCAUGGGGAGGCGGCAAUGCCAUGGUCCCCCACAUGUCCGGUACCUCGAUCGAUGCUCAAGAACGAUACGCCGCAGGCACAAAGGCCAUCUUGGAGAGCUACUUCUCCGGCCGGGAAGAUUACAGACCUGAGGAUCUGAUCGUCCACAAGGGUGACUAUGCCACCAAGGCCUACGGUCAAAGAAACAAGCAGUAG